UCAAACAAAUAGAAAAAAAAAUGACAAAAUCUAGUUUCUUGGUGUUUCUAGACAUUUUUGUGAAUCUCAUGGUUUGUAUAAGCCUUUGCUCUGGUGCUGUACAGUAAGAUAGAAAGGCAAGUAUUCUAAAGUGACAGAUUGUUAACAAUGUUAUCUGGAACUGGUUUAUGAAUUGUAACAAUGUGUGAUGAUGCAGGUUUACAUUGCAUACUUGGGACCACUUCCUGAUGGAGACUACAUUGCUUCAUCUCACCAUUCCAAUAUGCUUCAAGCACUUUCUAAACACAGCUCUGUGGAAAAUUACUUAAUCAAAAGUUAUAAAAGGAGCUUCAAUGGAUUUGCUGCUAAGUUAACUAAUGAAGAGGCAAAGAAACUUGCAAGCUUUAAAGAGGUUGUUUCGGUUUUUCCAAGUAAAGUUUAUCACCUUCAAACGACAAGAUCAUGGGAUUUCUUGGGGCUCAAUCAAACUGUUAAACGAAAUGCUACCGCUGAGAGUAACGUCAUUGUUGGUGUCCUUGAUACUGGAAUAUGGCCCGAAUCAGAUAGUUUCAGUGAUGAAGGAUUCGGUCCACCACCCAAAAAGUGGAAGGGAGCUUGUAAGGGUGGCCAAAACUUCACUUGUAACAAUAAGCUUAUUGGAGCUCGAGCUUACCACUCAGAUUCCGCUAGGGACACGGAGGGUCACGGAACUCAUACGGCAUCCACAGCAGCCGGAAACAAUGUAGUGAAUGCUAGUUUCUAUGGACUUGCUGAAGGCAUUGCAAGAGGAGGGGUUCCAUCAGCAAGGAUUGCUGCAUAUAAAGUAUGCAGUGGUAUAUUGUGUCUUUCAGAAGACAUCUUGGCAGGUUUUGAUGAUGCCAUUGCCGAUGGAGUUGAUCUUAUAUCAGUUUCAUUAGGAUUAGAAAUUCCAGUUGACCUUUACGAGGACCCUGUAGCCAUUGGUGCUUUCCAUGCAGCCGAGAAAGGUGUACUUGUUUUGCAAUCUGCAGGCAAUAGUGGUACAACAGGGUUUCAAUCAGUAUCAAGUGUAGCACCGUGGAUACUUAGCGUUGCUGCAAGCACAACGGAUCGCCUUUUUGUUGACAAGGUCGUUCUUGGGAAUGGGUGGAAGACAUUAACUGGAUUUUCAGUUAAUUCUUUUAGUCUUAAUAGAACAAAGGUUCCAUUGGUUUAUGGGCUGCAAAUAACAUCCUCUUGCGAUGAGGCCCAUGCUCGGGCGUGUUACAGCUAUUGCCUGAAUAAAACUUUGGUAAAGAACAAGAUCGUUCUAUGCGAUGUGAUGAACGGUGUAAAUGCAGCUUACGAUGCUGGUGCAUUAGGAUUAAUUACAAAAUAUCAAGUAGAGAAUGUUUCGUUUGUUGUCCCAUUGUCUGCUAUAACUUUAAGCUCCAAGGACUAUGACUUGGUCAUAUCCUACCACAAUUCCACCAAAGAACCUAAAGCAGAAAUAUUAAGAAGUGAAACAAUUAAAGAUAAAUUUGCUCCUAUAGUUGCUUCAUUCUCUUCAAGGGGUCCGAAUGCAUUUGUACCAGACAUUCUAAAGCCUGAUAUAAGUGCACCAGGAGUGGAUAUAUUGGCUGCAUAUUCACCGGUUGCUUCACCAUCGACGACUACAACAGAUCCAAGGCGAGUUAAAUACAACAUAAUAUCAGGAACCUCAAUGUCUUGUCCUCAUGUUGCUGGUGUAGCUGCAUACGUUAAGACAUUUCACCCUCAUUGGUCUCCCUCAGCCGUUAAAUCUGCUCUUAUGACUACUGCUUUUCCGAUGGAUGCACCGAGGACUCAAGGUGCUGAAUUUGCUUAUGGAUCAGGACAUAUCAACCCUGUAAAAGCCAUUGACCCUGGACUUGUAUACGACACCGUAGAAGGUGACAACAUAAGAUUCCUAUGCAGUAUUGGAUAUGAUGAAGGUUCCAUCAAAAUAAUAGCUGGAAACAACACCUCUUGUCCUAAGAACUCUACUAAAAUGUUGCCAAGGGAUUUCAAUUAUCCUACACUCACUGCUUUAGUUCCAGCAGGCAAACCAUUCAAAGUCACUUUCCAUAGAACAGUAACAAAUGUUGGUGUAGCAAGAUGUACUUACAAUGCAACAAUAGCUACCCUGUCGGAACUCGAAAUCAAAGUGGUUCCUCAAGUCUUGUCUUUCAAGUCUCUAACAGAGAAGAAGUCUUACAAUGUUACUGUUUCAGGAAAAGCUUUGGACAAACGAUCAAUGGUGUCUGCAACAUUGAUAUGGUUAGAUGAUACUCAUGAUGUUAGAAAUCCAAUUGUUAUUCACACAUAUGAAGGUGUCUCUAGGGCUGUUUGAGUCACAUGAUUGAACCUGCUGCAACUGUUAUUAUUUGUUUUCAGUUUAUGUUAUAUGUAUGUUCAGUCAA